UUCUUGAUACAUCAUUUCCACCAUUCACCAACACAGGACAACAUCAUUAGCACAAACCUCUAGUUGUCCGUUUCUUGAUACCUGCACUAACAGAGGCCUAUAAGCUGCCAACUACUUCUAAUUGGAAAACAAUUUUAUAUAUAUAAAAACUUUUCACCCCUUUCUUCUUCUUCUUCUUCUUGCUCUUCUAGUUUUAAUUAUCCCUAUAAGAAAAGUUCAUCAUUGUAAGUGAAAGUGAAAACUGAAACAGUACAGUAUGUUCUCUUUGUUUUAUAACACGCGCUUAUUUCCUUUUCAUAGAUAAAUAUGGUGGUGACUGUUGCUCGCCACCAAGAAUGAGUUGAUGAUUAUUCUUGAUAACACUUGUCACCUUUUUAUUUGAAGGUACCAGAAGCUAUGAUGGAAUCAAUGGAAUCUUGUGUCCCACCUGGAUUCCGGUUUCAUCCAACGGACGAGGAACUUGUUGGGUAUUAUCUAAGAAAAAAAGUAGCAUCACAAAAGAUCGAUCUUGAUGUUAUUAGAGAUAUCGAUCUAUACAGGAUCGAACCAUGGGAUCUACAAGAGAGAUGCCGGAUCGGAUAUGAAGAGCAGAACGAGUGGUAUUUCUUCAGCCACAAGGAUAAGAAGUAUCCAACGGGGACAAGAACUAACAGAGCAACCAUGGCAGGGUUCUGGAAGGCAACCGGAAGAGAUAAAGCAGUUUAUGAUAAAGCAAAACUGAUCGGAAUGAGAAAAACUCUUGUUUUCUAUAAAGGAAGAGCUCCAAAUGGCCAAAAAACUGAUUGGAUCAUGCAUGAGUAUAGACUCGAAUCCGAUGAGAAUGGUCCUCCUCAGGAAGAAGGAUGGGUAGUCUGUCGCGCUUUCAAGAAGCGAACAACUGGGCAAAACAAAAGCAUUGAAGGGUGGGAUUCAAGCUACUUCUAUGAUGAAUCAAGUGGAGUUAGUACAGUGAUUGAUCCAGUCGAUUAUAUAUCGAGGCAGCCUCAAAAUUUUUUGGCGCAAAAUUUCUUAUGUAAGCAAGAGAUAGAAGCAGAUAACUUAAGCUUUAUGCAUUCUGAUAGCUUUGUACAGCUUCCUCAGUUAGAAAGCCCAUCUCUGCCAUUAAUAAAGAGGCCAAGCUCAGUCUCUCUAAUAACAGAGAACAAUAAUAAUAGAAAUAACAACAACAACACCAAUAAUGAAGAAGAAGAUCGAACUAGAGAAUGUAAAAACAAGACUGUGACUGAUUGGAGAGCCUUAGACAAGUUUGUCGCUUCUCAGCUAAGUCAAGAAGAUAGAUACGAUGGUGAUAAUGUAGUUUCAAGCUUUGGAGAAGGAAAUGGUGAUUUUGAUACGUCAUUGCUGUUAUUGCAGAGUAGUAGUGGUAGAGAUGAAGGCAACAAGUUUAAUGGAUUUUUAAGUUCGAGCUCUGAUUGUGAUAUUGGAAUUUGCAUAUUUGAGAAAUGAAGGGAAAAAUAAGGAGAGAAUUGACGACGAUGAUGAUGUGGUUAAUUAAUUUCUAUUCUGUACUAGUAUAAAAUGUUUGAUGAAUUCUAAUCGAGAUAGAGAUAGAAUUUAUAUAUAUUUAUAUAUAUUUUUGUAAAAAAAUAUUAUUGUGCAUGAAUGAAUUCUCUCUAUUUCUAUUGGUUUGA